AUGCGCCCCAUCUUUUGCAUAUGCAGUCACCCAGUUACAAAUUUGCAACUCCGGGCUUUUGCUCCUUGGGCUUGCACAGCAGUCCUCGUGCUCUGCCCAAUAUUUAGGGCUGCGCGAGGCAUCCCAAUUGCAAAUGUUCAGGCUUACUCAAGAUACCCAAACAAUUGCAUCGAUUGUAGCGAAUACCCAACAGCAAGCACGCUAUUCCACAAGGUCUUGCCUUCCGACGGACUAGGAUCUUCUCCUUUAGCUUCUGCUAUAGCUUACAUCCCUGUGCCAUUGGUAUCCCAGUGUGCUUCGAUAUGA